AUGAAGAAUAACAAUUAUGAAAAAUUUUAAAACAAGCAGCAAAACCACAUUUAAUAUGUGAGAAAAAAUCAACAAGCAACUGAUUAAUUACCAAGUAAACAAAAUCAAUAGGUUUUUUAUGUAAGAAAAUAAUAAAAUGGAAAUGAAUAUUUUAAUCAGCUAGAAAAUAAUUAAAAUUAUAAUAUGAGCUUAUAAUAAAGCAACUAGUUGAGUUAUUCAAACAAAAAUGAGGAAGACAUUAUCAGAAAUUUAUAGGAACUAAAUAAUUUAAUCAAUAACAAAAAUGUUUAGAACUAAAAUUAAGAUUCUGAUUAAAAAAACUAAAAUUUCAACUAAUAAUGUUAAUAAAAUGAUUAGGUAAAUAGAAAUAGUUAAUAAUAAAGCAAAAAUUAGGAAGAUAUUAUCAAAAAUUUAUAGGAACUAGAUAAUUUAAUCAAUAACAAAAGUUUUUUGAACUAUGAUUAAGUUUCUUAAGGUUAAAAAAGCUUCAACUUCACCUAAUAAUAUCAAUAAAAUUAUUAGGUAAAUACAAAUAUCUAAUAUUAAAGUAAAAAUGACCAAGAUAUUAUCAGAAAUUUAUAGGAACUAGAUAAUUUAAUCAAUAACAAAGGUUUUUAGAAAUAAUAUUAAGUUUCUUAAGCUUAAAAAAGCUUCAACUUCAACUAAUAAUAAUAUCAAUAAAAUUACUAGGUAAAUAGAUAUGACUAAUAAAAAAUAGUAAAUGUUCCUAAAAAAUAAUAGUACUUUAAAGUAAAUAACCAAAUCUUAGAUAAAUAGGUUUAUAAUAAUAAUAAUUAAAUAAUAUAAUAAUCAGGUAGUAAUCACAAUUUUUAAAGUCAGCAAAACAAUCAAAAUAAAUAAAUAAACAAUUAAUUUAACCCAAUAAAAGUUCAAGAAGAUUAAAUUUUUUUAAAAAUGGAAGAGUAGAAUAAGAGAGAUAAAAUUAUUGUUUAAGAAAUGCAACAAAAAGAUCAGUAAAAAAAUAUGGAUAAAUAAAUGAAAAAUGGGUAAAAAAAUUGUAUUCAAAGCAAUAAUUAAUAAGAAAAUAACUAAAACUUAUAAAAUCAAAAUUAAAAAAAGAAGAAAAAUAAUAAUUAAAAUAACUUUAAAGAUGUAUAUUGGAUUUGUAAAGGCUGUAAAGUAAAAAUUCAAUGGGAUAUGUAAAAUUGUUAAGCUUGUGGAGCAUAGAAAUUUCCAGGAAUUAGCAGAAUGAAAAAAAAUGUUGGGUAGAAUGAUUUCUAGUAUUUAUUUUUCAUUGAUUUUGAGUGCAAUUUCUUUAAUAAAAAAUUUGAAAUAAUUGAAUUUCCAUUACAUGUUAUUGAUGUAAAUAGUAAAGAAAUUGUAGAUUCUUUUGUUUCCUAUGUUAAACCAAGCAAUAAUAUAACAAAAUUUAUAACUAGAUUAACAAAAAUUACUGAUACUUAAGUUAAAAAUGCCCCUAUUCUUUAAUAAGUACUAGUAAAUGUAUAAAACUUCUUAGAAAAAUAUCUAAAAGUAGGUAUAGAUAAAUGUGCUGUAAUUUAUGACUGUGAUAGUGAUUCAACAUUUCUGUUUAAUGAAACCUCUUUUAAGAAAAUAAAAGUUCCACCUAUUUUUGAGAAAUACAUUUGUCUUAAAUCUGUUUUCCCUGUUGAAAUAGCUAAUAAAGCUCCUUCAUCUUUAUCCCAAAUGCUUUAAAUUCUAGAUAUGAAAUUUGAAGGUUAAAAGCACUGUGGAGCUGAUGAUUCUAUGAACUAAGCAAAAGUUGGCUAGAAACUGUUACAACUAGGUUAUAAUUUCUCAAAAGACUAAUAAAUAAAAUUAGGAAAACCAAGCACAAUUAGCAGAAAAGAAAAAUUGAAAUUAAUAGACAUAUAUAUUAAAGAAUACGAGCUUGAUAAAUAGAAAAAUAAUGAAAACUAAAAUGAUUAAAAUAAAUGA